CGCCGAUCAUCCUGCUGAUCAACUGCACGCAGAGCCUCCCGGCCGAGCUCGGCGCCUCCUGCAUCCCCGCUCUAGAUCCCGAUCUGCGUAUCCGCGUCCCGUCGUACCUGUUUCUCGGUCCGCCGUCGCCGCCGUCCCCUGCUGCCUGCCUUCGUUGGCCGUGCAGUCGACCCCCAUCGCCCGCCAGCGCCCUUGUCCCAACCGAUCGCUCGCUUCCCGAGCAUCGACUGUAUUCCCAGCGACUGUCCAGCUCGAAGCGCCCGCCAUGCAAUCACAUCCGCAGCAGACUGUCCCGGCCGAUCCGCUCGCUCCUCUGGGCGUUUCGCAGGAGUACAUCCGGUCCAUCAUCGUUGCUGCGCAAAAGAUGAAGGAUCAGGGUGCCACCGAACAGGCCAACCCCGAGUUCGCCAAUCUCCUCAACAUCCUUCGCUACUACCAGAAGGCAUCCAAGACCGUCAAGGCCCAAUACACGCAGCAGCGGCUGCCUCAGACACACCCAUCCGCCAGCGUCCCUGCGCCAGAUCAAGCCGAUCAGCUCAAGAAUCAGAUCAAUGCAUUCCGGCACCUGGCUGCAAACCAAGUCCCUCCAGAGCACCUCAAAAAUGCCGUCAUGUAUCCCGACUCCUCCGACCCCUCGGCUGAAGCAGCUCCCAAUGCAGCAAUCACCCGCAGGAUUGUCGAAACUGCCUAUCACCAGCCCACAACUGCCCUCCAGGGCCCCCUGGCUCCCGGGCUUGCGCUGUCCGAAACAGCAGUAGCCGGCUCCUCGCUCCCGUCGACCCUGCCUCUGUCCAUCAAGCAACGAGCCCUUGUCCCUCCAGUGGUCCCAAUCGGCAUCGACUAUCUCGAGCUCCAGCAUGAGCGCGAGGCUCGAAUCCGGGGGCGGGUGCAGAACCGCAUUCGCGAGCUCGAGUCGCUGCCAUCGAAUCUAUCCAACGAAGCAAUCGCUUCGCUCGAGUCGGUGGACCCUCACACCAGCCUCAAGCUGAAAGCCCUUAUUGAACUCAAGGCGCUCAAGCUCCUCGAUAAACAGCGCGAGGUUCGAGAAAAGCUCGUCCAAGGUAUGGUGCGAGGCACCACCCUGACGACCUCGGUCGAUCGCUCGGCAUAUCGUCGCAUGAAGAAGCAGACUCUGCGCGAGGCCCGACAAACCGAGAAGCAGGAGCGUCAGCAGCGACUCGAGCGCGAAAAGAAGGAGCGCGAGGACCAAAGCCGCGCCCUCUAUGUGAUGAUGGGCCAUGGCCGCGAGAUGCUCGAAUUCCAUCAGCAGCAGCAGAAAAAGCUCGGCCGCCUCGGUGUCCUCGUCGGCAAGCUGCACGUCAACAUCGAGAAGGAGGAGCAGAAGCGGAUCCAACGGGUUUCGCAGGAGCGUCUCAAGGCCCUCAAGGAAGACAACGAAGAGAAAUAUCUCGAGCUGCUCGAUCGCGAGAAGAACGAGCGCAUUUCGUACCUGCUCACCCAGACCAACGGAUAUCUCGACAGCCUGACCCAAGCCGUCCGGAGCCAGCAGGAGGCCAUCACCAACGAAUCCGUCCCGGACAUGGACGAUGGCGAGCUCGACGACUCGUCCAAGAUGGAUUACUACAAGACCGCCCACAGAAUCGACGAGAUCGUCACGGCCCAACCCACCAUCCUUGUCGGUGGCAAGCUGAAGGAGUACCAGCUCAAGGGUCUGCAGUGGAUGAUUUCGCUGUACAACAACCGUCUCAAUGGCAUCCUCGCCGACGAGAUGGGUCUCGGCAAAACCAUCCAGACCAUCUCGCUCAUCACCUAUCUCAUCGAGAAGAAGAAGCAGAACGGGCCCUUCCUCGUCAUCGUCCCGCUCUCAACCAUCACCAACUGGAACCUCGAGUUUGAAAAGUGGGCGCCGAGUGUCGGCAAGAUCUGCUUCAAAGGCGGUCCUCAGGAGCGGAAGCGUCUGGCAAUGGAAGUGCGCGCUGGCAACUUCAACGUGCUCCUGACGACCUACGAGUACAUCAUCCGCGACCGCAUCAUUCUCUCCAAGAUUAAGUGGGUGCACAUGAUCAUCGAUGAGGGCCACCGCAUGAAAAACACCAGCAGCCGACUCUCUGUCACUUUGAUGCAAUACUAUGUUUCACGAUAUCGCUUGAUCUUGACGGGAACGCCGCUACAGAACAACCUUCCCGAGCUCUGGGCCCUUCUCAACUUUGUCCUCCCAAAGAUCUUUAACUCGGUCAAGACCUUUGACGAGUGGUUCAACUCGCCGUUCUCGACCGCGGCCGGCUCUGGACAGGACAAGAUCGAGCUCAACGAAGAAGAACAGCUUCUCAUCAUCCGCCGCCUGCACAAGGUGUUGCGCCCCUUCCUGCUCAGACGACUCAAGAAGGACGUCGAGUCCGAGCUGCCGGAUAAGGUCGAGAAUGUCAUCAAAUGCAAGCUGAGUGCGCUUCAGUCGCGGCUGUAUGAGCAGGUCCGCUCGCGUAAAACGCUCUAUACGGAACCCUCCUCCAAAGUGAGCGGCGGAACCCGCGCUCUCAACAACAUCGUGAUGCAGUUCCGCAAGAUCUGCAACCACCCGUAUGUCUUUCCGGAAGUCGAAGAGCUCAUGAAUCCAUCGCAGUACACCGACAACAACAUCUGGCGAGUCUCUGGCAAAUUUGAGCUGCUGGAUCGCAUCCUGCCCAAGUACAAGCGCACCGGCCAUCGCGUCCUGAUCUUUUUCCAGAUGACCGCCAUCAUGAACAUCAUGGAGGAUUUCCUCAACUUCCGUGGCUGGAAGUAUAUGCGCCUCGACGGCAGCAUUAAAGCCGACGACCGCAGCGAUCUGCUCAAAAAGUUCAAUGCCCCGGACAGCGAGUACUUUAUUUUCCUGCUCAGCACCCGCGCCGGUGGUCUGGGUCUGAACUUGCAGACUGCCGACACGGUCGUUAUCUUUGACUCGGACUGGAACCCUCAUCAGGAUCUCCAAGCCCAGGAUCGUGCCCACCGAAUUGGCCAGACCAAGGAGGUCCGCAUUCUCCGACUCAUUACCUCCAAGUCCAUCGAGGAAAACAUUCUGGCUCGUGCCCAAUACAAGCUUGAUCUCGACGGCAAGGUUAUCCAGGCCGGCAAGUUUGACAACAAAACCUCCGAAAAUGAGCGCGAAGAGCUGCUUCGGUCUCUCUUUGGCGGCGACGAAGACGAGGACGACAAGGACGAGACCGACGAGGCCGACAUUGGCGACGACGAGCUCAACGAAAUCAUUGCUCGCUCGCCAGACGAGGUAGAGCUCUUCAAGAAGAUGGAUGAGGAACGUGAGAUCAAUGCCCGGCGCGACUGGGCAGAGGCCGGAAGAAGCGGCCCACCUCCACCCCGAUUGAUGCCGGACGAGGAGCUGCCCGCAGUCUACCUGAUGGACCCCACCGACCUGACUGAAAAGGAAGCCGAGAUGGUUGGACGGGGCGCCCGUGCUCGCAAGGAAGUUCGCUACGACGACGGUUUGAACGAGGAGCAGUGGCUCAACGCCAUCGAUGCCGGCGAGGACGUCGAGGAGCUGAUCCAGAAGAAGGAGGAUGCCCGCCGACGGCGAGAAGAAAAGAAGCGCCGAGAGGACGACGACGGAGACGAUACCGCGGAUCCCGCCGACGCUGCCGAUGCCGCAGAUGCCGCGGACGACUCCUCGGUCGCCGAAACCAAAACACCCAAGCGGUCGCGCCACAAGGGCCGCAAGUCUGUUGUUGUUGACGAGGAGCUUGACGAGACGCCAACGGACUCGCCCCGCAGUGCAGGCCGCCGAAAGGGAGGCAGCAGCCAUUCAAAGAGCCGCUCAGCGCUCUUUGACGAGGUCGAAGAGAGCACACCCAAGCGCAAGAAGCGAAAGAAGGAUAUCACGGGCAUCGACUAUGACGAAGUCGAUCCAAUCCCGGCCAACAAGCGCAAGGCCAUGACGGCGCUAUUUAUGAGGUGCUAUGAGGCCGUCGAAGGCUGUGAAUAUGAGCUGGAUGGCUACGGCACGGUGCAGCGCUCGGCGCUUUUCCUGGAGCUGCCCUCGCGAUCCCACUAUCCCGACUAUUACAAGAUCAUCUCUCAGCCGAUUGCCAUGGACAUCAUCAAAGCGCGCAUCCACUCUACUUACUACAAGCUUCCGCACGACUUUGUUGAUGACUUCAAGCUCAUGUUCAACAAUGCCAGAACGUACAACCAAGAGGGCAGCCAGGUGUAUACCGACGCCUCAGAGAUGGAAGCGGUCUUUGACUCCACCUAUGCCGCGCAGGUAUCCGCUGGCAUCCUCGAUGUUCCGGACGUUCCCAGCCAAGACACCGCCACUGCCCCCAGCAUCGACGACGACGGUGACGAGAGCGAGGGAGUCGCUCCCAGCCGAAGCAGCAAAAAGUCGUCCAAGCACCGACGAAGCUCGCAGGAGCCCUCCGCCAACAGGGCGUCGGAUCUACCAAAGUUCAAGAUCCGGGCGGUCACCAGGGACCACGACAGCACACCCCACUCAAAGCGAAAGCGCGCGAGCGACGACGACGAUGACGAGGACGAUGACGGCGAGAUCUAUGAGUGAUUGUGUCUGGAGCACGGUGCAUCGGCAAGCACAUAUUCUUGCUCCGUCAUCGGUUGUGAGACUCGCAACCACGAUUCCGUCCAUCAACCCCUCUGUUUUUUGUUUUAAAUCUGAUGGGCAAUGCUGCUAUGCAUCCACCAAUCGGCAGCGCAAUACACCAGAUACAGAGAACCAGA